AGAUUUUAAAAAGUUUUAUUAUUUUUAAUUUCGCUCUUCUCCCAGAAACAUUCCGUUUUCAGAUAUUUUUGAUUUUUGAAUUUGUGUUUCGCUCUCUCUCUCUCUCUCUCUCUCUCUCUCUCUAUCAGCUUUCGAUUAGAUCUGAUUCUGUGUGUAUACGACGGAGGAGAAAAGUUAAACCGUCGCCGUUUCGAAAAUGCCGGCGACUGAUUCUGAGUACGAUGCCAAAGUUUUAUCUCAGUCUGCGACGGGGGAUUAUACAUUCGCGAAUGUGGAUAAUUUGGAGCAUUGUACGAAGUAUUUGAAUCAGACGAUGGUUACAUUUGGAUUUCCCGCCUCGCUCGAUCUCUUUUCCAAUGAUCCGGUGUACUCUGCUAAUGAGCUGAGACAGAGACAACAAUCGGAUAUAGCUAGACUUGAAGCUAAAGUUGAGAGGCUUGAAGCGCAACUUCACCAGAAGGACAGGGAAAUCGCUACAAUUACCAGAACCGAAGCCAAAAACACAGCAGCGUUAAAAUCCCAGAUUGAAAAGCUACAGCAGGAGAGGGAUGAAUUCCAAAGGAUGGUGAUUGGUAACCAGCAAGUCAAAGCUCAACAGAUUCACGAGAUGAAGAAAAAGGAAAAGGAUUACAUUAAGUUGCAGGAACGGCUGAAUCAAGUACUAAUGGAGAAAAAGAAAGAAUCAAGAUCUGGAAUGGAGAUUAUGAAUCUGCUACAGAAAGAAGGGAGGCAGCGUGGUACCUGGAAUGGCAAGAAGACUGAUACUGAUUUCUACAAAAAGAUAGUGGAUGCGUAUGAAGCAAAAAAUCAAGAAUUAAUGGCUGAGAACACUAAUCUAAGAGCAUUACUACGAUCCAUGCAGACGGAUAUGCGUGAUUUCCUAAAUGCUCCAAACGGGUCAGCUAAUCCUUCAUUGGCUGGCAGUGACAAACGUGAGGUUGACACUUCACAAUCUCCACUGGGCGGGAAGACGGACGUCUUUGAUCUACCUUUCCGGAUGGGUAGAGGUCAUAUAGAAGAAAGUUUGCGCACUAAGAUGGCUUCUAUAAAGGAACGCAUGGUCCAGUUACAAGAUGAACCUAAAGGAGCAUCUGUUACAUCUGAAGCAACAGAGAGAGAGCUUGAACUCGAAGCUCAGCUUGUUGAGGCAAGAAGUAUAAUCCAAGAACAGGAGUCCAUAAUGUCGAAACAUCUCCCUAAAUCAGAGCAGCGAAGGAAAUCCGCAGUUCCAUUGGCAGCUGAGGGAGUAUGAAGAUGCCUUAAAACUUAAAAGCAAUGGAUCCAUGUUAAGGUAUGUUGCUAAAAGAUUUGUCGCAAAAUGUAGUCUUAGUACUGUGUUCCAAUCACAAACCUCUCCUUCUAUCGAAGCUAUGUAUAUUCAAGUUUUUAGUUGUGUCAAAUCAGAGAUCCUGACUCCUUUUUGGAGAUAAAAAUUCUUAUUAUAAAUGAUCAAGGCUUAAUGA